ACACGCAGACGCGGGACUCUUUCACGUGUGAUGCCUUCUCACGAUUCCCACGCAUUUAACACACCUCGACAACAGAAAUGCAGGGAAUUACGCACGGAUAAAUCUCGCGUCUAAUCUCUGAUCUCGCGUUUGGAUGAAGAUUUCAAAAGGAUGGAUUUCCCGCAGUGUUUGCUGUCCGCGUACUUGCUGCUGCUCUCCUUCGCCCAGUGCCAACACUAUUACCUGCUCAGACCCAUCCCGAGUGACACUUUACCCCUGCUGGAGCUGAAGGAGGACCCGGACCCGCUUUACGACCCGCGGGAAAAGGAUCUAAACGAGACCGAGCUGAGGAGCGCGCUCGGGGACUUUGACAGCCGCUUUCUGUCGGUCGGUCCUCCUCAGGACCGCUACGCGGGGAACGAGGACAUGGACGAGCAGGAGCUCCAGCUGAACCUUGCCGGGAUGAUGCCCAAAGACAUCAAAAACCUGGACUUUGACGCGCCGUGGGGCAAAAAGCGCAAAGCCAGCAAGAAGCUGAAGCGGCGGCUGCAGAUGUGGCUGUGGUCCUACUCUUUCUGCCCGGUGCUGUACGCCUGGAACGACCUGGGCUCGCGCUUCUGGCCGCGGUUCGUGCGUGCGGGGAGCUGCUACACCAAGCGCUCGUGCUCAGUGCCGGAGGGCAUGGUGUGCAAACCGGCCAAAUCAACGCACAUCACGCUGCUACGCUGGAGAUGCGUGGCGAGGCGAGGCGCGCUCAAGUGCGCGUGGAUACCGGUGCAGUAUCCCAUCAUCACAGAAUGCAAAUGCUCAUGCGCGAACUGACCACAGAAAAACCAAACAUUAUAAUAUUGAACUCCUGAUAUGUUUCUGGACUCUGAUGUGAAGCGUAGAUUGCAUAUCGCUGGACUUAAAUUAUGGAGACAUGAUUGUACAAAGUGUAUCUCAUAUUUUUAAAAUCCACAUUGCUGGAAGAACUUUCUAAAGAAGAGAAUUCAGACAUGAACAUCAUUUAUAAAACAAAUCUCUGGAUUUAAGUUAUGAACACUUUUAUUCUGUGUUUUGGAAACACUUUAUAUUAACUUUAAGUCAUUUAAAGCGAUUAAAGAUUUUAAUUUUGUUGUUUUAAACAGGUUUGAGUUUCUUCUGUUGAACACAAAAGAAGAUCGUUUGAAAAAUGUUGGGAGCUGGCACCCAUUGACUCUCAUAGUAUUUUAUGUUUUACAAUGGAAGUAAAUGGGUGAACUGACUGCUCAUUCAGAGAAACUAUAAUAGAACUGAUAUGUUUCUGGACUCUGAUGUGAAGCAUAUUAAUGCAUAUUGCUGGACUUAAAUUAUGGAGACACGACUGUACAAAAUAUAUCUCAUAUUUAAACCUCACAUU